AUGGAUGGAUGGAUUGAUGGGGCUGUUGUUGGUGGCGAUCAAACAAGAGGAAGAGAGAAAGAAUUGAGAGCGGUGUUCCAUCAAAGGUGGCUGUUCGAAGGAUGGGCAAUGGAAGGAUAG